CUUUUCAAGUGUGAUGGCGCAGGGUGACUAAUAAUGACAUUUGAAUUACAUCACUGUUUAUCAUUUCAGUGUCGGCCAUCUCGGGUAUACUUUAUUUAACGUAAAUAUAACACACGCGUAACGUUACGUUUUACGGUUUAUAUUAUUCAUCAUUAUUUAAUCGGGUCUUUGAUUUUGUCGAUAAAACAGCAUCCGCUAGGGUGUUAAAUGCAGGCGGUCCGAUACGCGUGUUUACAUUUCGCUUUUCUCGUGUAAUUGGUGGGUAAAUUUAGCUCAAGUUGAGGGCAUCAGCUCAGUAACCGAGCAUAUACAGCAUGAUCAUCUCUCUCCUCCGUCUUCCCUCAUCGUAUAAUAGUUGGCUUGUGGCUAUUUGGGUACACAAUGUACGACCAUGCUUUUGAUGUAAAACAACUGCGCAGACGGAUAGAAACAGGGGGGCGAAGAGGACAAGAAGGGGGGACGUGAGUAUCGUAUGGUGUUGCACAAUGUUCAUCUUCAUGGGUCCUUCAUUUCGCGCAACGGACACGCAACAUCUCUCCAUUUAUCGUCUCAGCUCGUUACGCACACUUGUAAAUUAGCUGCCAAUUUUUACGCGGAACGUCCUGUUCGCAUCUCUGCUCCUUCCAUGGUACCAAUACUGAAUUACUCAUUCAAGCCAAUUCCUGUCCACAUCUGUCACUCUGAACGUUCAAAUGGAUAAGAGAAAGCAAAAGACGGCACCUGCACCAAGACUGGAGAGAGAGAGAAAAAAGGAGAAGAUAGAUGACAGGAAGAAGAUGAAACCAAAAGCUUCCUCAAAGAGCACAAACAGUGAACUUCAGCAGCAGAGCAGACAAGACAAUUUAACAGUUAUGAAGUCUGAUCAGUCAGAGGAAAAUGUAAGAAUGAAAAUAGGGUUCGGUGCAAAGCGGACCAAGAAGCCCCCAAAGAGCCUUGAGAACUUCAUAUGCAAACCCACAGUUAGGAUCUCCCAGAGGCUUGCACACGGAGAUGCCCAUGGAUCAUGUGGAGGUGAAAGGUCUAGUGCUGAGAUCACAAGAGCCAGCCAGUCACGUCAAGAGAGUCCGAAAACAGACAGUAAUGAUUGCAUUUCUUCAAAAGCACCUUCAACCCCACUCCCUACUUCAUCCAAAAAGGCUGACUCUACACCGUUGUUUCCAACUUCUAAAAAGGGUCCAUCGAAACAGACAAAGAAGACAGAUUCAAAGUCAAUAUUGACAUCAGAUGGACCCUCAUAUGCAGUUCAACCACAGACUGAUAGCACGGUACCCCUUUCUGACAGGAUAACCUCCUUUAACCCACUGAAGCAGACAUAUUCACCUCCAGCUGCUCCUUCUCCACCGUCUUCAUUACAACAAAACUCCAGUCCACACGACGGCACCCAAGUUUUUAAUGUUCAGAGGUCCAAGGGUGAAGAUCUUCCAACAGAAACAACAAUAACUGCCUCCCUACCAUCACAAAGUUCAAAAGAUACAAUGCUGAAAGCUCAGACAAGUCAGCAGUCAUCUACUAGUUUUGAAAUUGACAGUGAACGCUUAUUGUUACCAAACUUUUGUAGUGACAAUUCACAGCCCUUAAAGCAAACGCCCUGUCCUACAAAAAAGACUAAGACCUCCAAGAUCAGGGACAGUACUGUUGAAAAGUGUUUGAAUGGAAAUGUGAAAGAGGACGGCAAACAGGACAGAGAUUCUGCAGGUUCCAAAAACAUGUUUAAAGCAGUUCCUAGUAAAAGAAGUAAAGAAAAUGAUUCAGUGCAUCAGACAAGUCCCUAUAUACCAUUAGCCCUUCCUGCUUCAAGUACAUCUGCUGAUUCAUCAAUUCAUGAGAGCAACGCUUGUUCGUCAUUGUUACUGGAGAGCAAAGGAAGGAACAAGAAGCACAGUGAAGGUGAAGAUAAAGAUGAAAGCCAAAAAAUGACAUUGGAACCUACCCAAACUGUCCCUGUUUUUGUUCAGCCAAAGGAUAGCAGCAGGCAUAUAAUUGGCAAGAACAAAAAGAGGGCUAGACACAAUUCAGAUAAUGCAGAAAAUGUGCUGUGUUCCUCUCAAACCACCAGCUGUGCUGAUUCCCAGUAUAACACUUCCAUUCGUUCCACUGACAAAACCUCAGGCGAUGAGACAACUUCACAUCCUAAGCAAAUCACCAACUUACAGAAGAAACAAAAAGUUGUUCAAAUUACAAAGGUGGCAAAUCAAGUGGAAAAGAUGAAUCUGGUAAAGACUGCUAAUGUUAGUUCCACUGCUUGUAAAACAGUAUCUCAAACAGCUAAACCUAAAAAAAUAACUUCCAUUAAGUCAUCAAAGACAUUAGCACCAUCACAGUGUAAACCCAGACCAGUCGGACGACCACCUAAACUGCAAAAUCCAUCACCUAAAUCAGAUGUCUCAUCCCUUGAGGACCAGCACAAGAAAAGGGGUCGUCCAAGAUUGAUCAGGUUGGAUGAAUCUCCUCAGGCAAGUAAGUCCCAAAAGUCUUUAUCUAAGUCUCCCAUCCUUGAACACACAAAUGUCCUUGAUCCUGCGGUUGACCUGAAACUUCAAAAGCCUGUGCGAAGAAAACCAGGUCGGCCCAGACUUUCCUCCUUAUUCCAACCACAGAGAUCUGGGUCAUUGGACUCAGGGUCUUUGAAGAAGAGUGCUGAAGACACUCUGAAACCCUCCUUGUCAAAGACUAAAGAUGCCCAAAUAUACCGGAAAAGAAACAGGUUGAUAAUGAAGACAAUUAUCAAAAAUAUAAAUAAAAUGAAAAUGAAGAAAAGAGAUGAAGUGCUUAAACCCGUUCUUUCUGGGCAAACGGAUAGUCACAAAGAAGAUUUGGCUCAUAAAGGCAGUGUAGAAGAUGCAGAUCCUACCCAAUCUUUAUCCUCACUUGUGACAUCUUUUGGGGGAAAACUCGGUCCACAAAUUAAUGUCAGCAAACGUGGAACUAUCUACAUAGGAAAGAGGAGAGGUCGUAAACCUAAAACUCAAAGGGAAAAUUCUAGCCAAGAUUCACAACCAAUUUUGGCUCAGAAGUCUCAGCAAGUGGCAGAAUCUUCACGUCAGGUGAAUUCAUGGUUUACUCUCGGGGAUCGCAGCCAUUCAUCUGAUAACCAGUCUACUUUGUCCAGCUCAUCCCACCUGUUUAAACAUCCAGAGUCUACAACAUCUACCGUUGGUUGUUUCCGAAAAAAGCUUCACACUGGAAGCUGUGAAUAUGAUCAACAUUCUGCUUCAAAGCCAACCAGUUCCCAAAAGGUUAAAGCAAUCGCUGAAGAAAAAUCAAAACCACGUUCCUCCUUGCAAUCAACACCACUUCGCCCAGCCACUACUCAGUUAGGCUCUGUAAGGAUGCAAGACUGCAGAGCAGCACACCUUGCCCAGUCUGUUUUAAUGGAACAAGAAAGACUCAAAUACAAGUGCCAUAGAAAAGGCCAUAGUUGCUUUACCUGUGAUAAAAUUAGGAGACACAAACACAAAUGUAAGAGGAAGUACCUUCAACUCAGGGCCAAAAGACAAGACCCAGCCUUUCUGGCAGAGGUCGAAGACUUAGUGGUCAGACUCAGCGCAAUACGCAUUGUGCAUAACAUUGCUCAGGGAGUGUGUGGAGAUGAAGCAAACUCUGGAAGAAAGAGUUCGAAAGGAAAGAAUCGCCCCCAUAAUUAUCAUUGUAUCCCACAAAACCUCCACCAUCCAACCAUGUUUCAGAUUAACUUCAGCGGUUACUACUCACCCCAGUCUGACUUUCCCCGCGAUUCUCUGCAUUAUGUUGGAAUGCCAGAUUUGAAAGGGAACAACAGGUGCCCCUCACAGCCAGGCGAACAUAUUGUCACGCAUUGUCCGGUGGUGCACAAACUUGGAUUCCCAGUGACAGGAGGCAGUUGUUACCACUCGCCUUGCAAAAUGCCACUCUCAACCACAUCUUUUGGUUUUGGGCUUUACAGAGGAUAUCCUCCAUCAGCAACAAUAUACCCUUCUUCACCCUUUUUACCCUCAUAUGUGCACCCCUACUCCAAAAAUCCCAUUUUAAGCCCAUCAAAGUUCCAUAAAAGGAAGCACAAGACGUUUCUAAGACGUGACUCUGCACUAUGUGGAGAGAAACCACAGAGGACUUCACCUAAUGUAACUUCUCAAUCAUCUAGGGACUGGUUCAGUAGAAAUAGCUGGCAAAGGGUCGACAACAGAGAAAAAAGGCUUGCGGAUGAUAGACUUAGAGGACAGACUAAGCUGAGAAAAGACUAUGUAAGCAGAAGAGGUUCGUCUUCUAAUUCCCCAUUCUCCUCCCCAAUGCCCUUAAAGAAAGCAGACAAACAUAAACCUUCACUCCUAUCUUAUAUAGGACCAUCACACCUGAGGCCCAUAUCAAAAGUUAGGUGGGCAGAGCAUCAACGGUCGUGGAGAUGGAGAGGAAGUGUUCAGUCUGAGCGGAGUAAUAGCAGCUUAGAUCAAGAGCCUCCAUCAGGGUACCAGGAGGACGAUACUUUUGAGGGUCCAGAGAGUGAUGAAGAUCUAACUUCACCCUCUCUGUCAGAUCAAACAAUCCACCAUAACACUUUUCAGCAGAAUCCGAACAUUGCUAGCAGUGCAAAGAGUCAAAUGACAGCUCAUAGGAGUACUGCUGAAGUUCAGUGUGCUUCAAGAAACUUAAUGGGUCAUGGAAGUUCAUUGAUGAAGGAUUCUUGCUCAUCUGGAGGCAAAAGAGCAUCAGAAAGCUUUCGGCCUGGUGGUCCAGUCUUCCAUGAGCGCUACCAGCAUCUCACUGAAGGACAAGAUGGAGGAGGAAGACACCCGAGACACAAUAUCAGCAAGACCUUCGUCCAGACCAAUAAGAUCAGCCCUUUUUCUUCUUCUGCUGCUACCAAAACCCUCCUGUCUCAUUCAAACAGUUCUACUACACUGAGCAAGAGUAAACUGAAACAUGUUAACAAGCCUCUCAUGAUAAAGACUCCCCAGGCGGUCACAGGAAGUGAGGUAUGGAGGAGACGACCGGGGCGACCGAGGAAAAACCUUGCACCAUGCUUUUCUCCAUCUCCACAAACUGCACCUUCACUUGAUGUAGUGACCGAGUGUCCUUCAAAACGGAGAAAAGGUGAAACGGAUAAUAACACUGUGGUCAGUGAGACCAAGUCUGUGUCUCAAAGAGAGAGAAGAAGAGGGAGAAAGAAAAAAAACAGUGAGAAAGUAAGCGAUCUAGGGCAAGUAGAGGAUAAACGAGACACAGCUGUGAACCAAGAGUGCUCGCGCUUAUGCGAUCGGACAUCUUUACCCUCUCAGGAUACGCCGGUAUCUGUACCCAGCCAAUCGGAGAGGAGCUCAACCAUGCCACCUGACAAGAGAUACGAAUGGGCGGGGCUUUACUCAGACGUCUAUAAAACCAAGGAACCCAAAAGUCUGUACUCACCGGAAAACACAGAGGGCCUUGAGUUUGACCCUGAAGAGCAUGAGUACGGCCUCCUUCCUGCACCUUUACACGUAGGAAAGUAUCUGAGGCUGAAGCGGAUUGACUUUCAGUUGCCCUAUGACAUAUAUUGGCUCUGUGCACAUAAUAAGCUUCCUAAAAUGUCUGGUACCCCACUAAAGACGGCCACAUCCAAUGGUUCUGUUAAUGUAAUGUCUCUCAAUAAGUCCGAGGACAAUUCUCAUAAACACCAUAAGGACAGCGAUCCUCAUGACUGCAUUUCUGACAGCCUUAAUAGAGAUCUUACACUGCCUGCUGAGAAGACUAGUGAAGAAAUCAGUCGAACAGACCCGGAUAAUAAACUUCCCGAUCAAUCCGACCCUCUGGAACAGCAGAAGAGAAGCAGCAGCGAUGCUGAAAAUAUGUCCUCCCCUGUGCUGAUAAUGCCCUUGUCCUGUGAGGAAAGGAGUUUCAUCUUGGAACGCUGCAUUUUUCUGGUGAGGAAUUAUGAGAAAAUGAGAGAGAGACACGCAGUGCUGCUGAGGGAGGGAGGAAGAGAGCGAGAGAGAGAAAACAAGGAGAGUCAAUGUCAGACAGGAGUCCCUGAAGACGACACCAGCAACAAGUCAGAUGAGCGUCUGACUCACUCGGGUCUGCAGUCUGAAGAGGAGAGGGAAGGUGUACAAAGCAAAAACAUCACACAAACACUUCGAGGGAUCUAUGACGUCAUUGUCAGUUACAAGGGGUCAUCCGGACAAACGCUCGCUGCUCCUCUGCUGAAUUUGUGUUCAAGAAAGAGAUCUGGCACGGCUCCUGUUGAUUUAAGUACAUUGCAAAAGCAGCUCCUCUCAGGGCACUAUGAGAGCCUGGAUGCCUUUCAUUCAGACAUACUCAGAGUAUUUCACUGCGCUGAGAAAUACUACGGCUCCGAGUCCUCAGUGGGCCGUAACGUGAAGCAACUGAGGGAUGUUUACCAUAGUGCUUAUCAGGAGGCCUUAUCUCAGAUCGGCAACUUCCUGUGAGAGGCAGAAAACCACACCCACAACUUGUACAGGGCGUGGCUGUGACAAAUGGCAGAGGCAUGAUGGGCCUUUCAGAAAGACAGAUGAUGCUCUCCGAUACCAAAGACCUGCUGUAUGUUGCACUCACAGAUGCACUGCACAGGUUGAGACAGCACUCCUGGAAAUACCAUUUGUGAGCAUGGACAUGGCCGACGCUUCACAACAUGAUUAGAUGAAAGUGUUCAGCUUCUCUUUCUCUCAGGGAUAAGAAAGAUGUAGGGGCAGGAGACAUAAAUAAACACAUAGACUCAGAUCCUCAUAUUUAAACCCCAAACAACAUCAAAUUCCUUAUAGAUUUAACGUAAACAUGUUGAAUGGGAUGCAGGAACCCAAUCUAAACAAUGCUUGGAGCUGCGUUGGUUCAAAGGAAUAAACAGACUGGUUUAACACUCUUUACGUCAGCGUAACUUCUACAAGAAAAUGGACUUCGGUAUUUUUAAGUGGCUUUGCUGGCUGUAUGCUGUGCACAUAAUUGUAGUCUACACUGCCUUUUUAGUGUUUUGUGUACCUAUAAAGUAAGCAAUAACGCAUGAAUAUAGCCUUAAUAAAUGGAAAUGUGUAUGUUUAUAGUAAUUUAAAAUCAGUAAUACAUUUUGAAAGUUAUUUACUACUUUGUGUUUGUGCUGGUAAUGUUUUGUAAUGCAUUGAUUUGAAGCGCUCAUCUAGCUUUGAAAUUACAAGAAAUGUAUUUGUACUAUUGUAUAUUGUUGUAUAAAAUGUAUAUUUAGCAAAUCUGUGUUUUAGUUAUGGUUCAUAAAACUUUUGAAAGACUUGUUUAAUUGUGAUUCUCUAAUAUUUCUUUUUUAUUCAUUUUUAUAGAUAUUAAUGUGCCUUGAUUUAAAGCAUGUCUAAUUUUGAACAGUACAUUCUGUUAAGCCUGUAAAACAUGACGCUUUGUAUAAAACAUAUGCAACUUGUAUGGCUAUGCUUGAAUUAAAUAAUUAGUUGGCGGGAGCUCAUGGAGCAGAGCUUAAAGCAAACUGAAAUAAACCAGCCACAUCUGUUAACUAAUAAAAGACAAUACUUGUUCUGCUAUACAUCUUA